CAUCUUUCUUUUCUUCUCCAUCUCUCUCUCGCUCUCUCUCUCUCAAAGCAUGAACCAGCCAACUCAGAGGAGACAGACGGAGAGCAUCUGAACAGUCUUGAAUCCUCUUUAGUAGUUAGCAUUAGGUCUUGAUACUUUGAGGUAAGCACAAAAGGGGUCAGAAUGGAUCUUGAAGAGGCAGACCAGUGGGCAAAUUGUUCUUCAAAGAAAGAGCUUUCAUCAUCUUAUUCCAACUUCGAUUCACGGCAGCUCCAACAGCAGAAGUGGGAUGAUUCUUCCAUUCUAGACUACGACAUCGGGAUCGAACAGUCUUUCCAAGAGUUUAAUCAGCCUUCUGCUGCAACAAUUCCUCUAAACCCCAAUGACCAAGCUAAAAUCUUGGGUCAAGGAGAUGUUCCAAUGCUUGAUGCAAUCCGGGCUAAUAAAAUCCCAGACUGGGAUGCGCGGACAAUGCUGAACAAUCUCUCUUUCCUGGAGGAAAAAAUCCAUCAGCUCCAGGAUUUAGUGCAUUUUAUUGUUGGAAGGAGAAGUCAAGUUCUGGGACGACCGGAUGAUCUUGUUGCCCAGCAACAGCAGCUCGUAACGGCUGACAUUACUUCAAUUAUCUCUCAGUUGAUCACCACUGCAGGUAGUCUUCUUCCAUCCUUGAAGCAUGCCGUUUCUGACGCUGCUCCUUCUGUGGGACAGCUUUUGCAGCCUGGAGGGGUCGACCUUUCUCCCGUGCUUGCCAUGAAUGGCAGUGUGCAGCCACAAAACGAUGGUAGAAGCAAAAUUCCUGAUGAGUCGAAUAAGACUGAUAUAACUGCCCAUUAUGGGGGUGAGCAGAACAACAACUUCGACGAACAUGAACUGAAAGACGAGGAGGAUGUUGAUGAAGGCGAGCAUCUUCCACCUGGUACCUAUGAGAUCUUGCAAUUAGAGAAGGAAGAAAUCCUGGCACCUCACACUCACUUCUGCGCGAUAUGCGGGAAGGGAUUCAAGAGGGAUGCGAAUUUGAGGAUGCACAUGAGAGGUCAUGGCGACGAGUACAAAACCCCCGCAGCACUUGCUAAGCCACACAAGGAAUCCGGCUCUGAGCCCAUGGUUAUCAAGAGGUACUCAUGUCCUUAUGCUGGCUGCAAGAGGAACAAAGACCACAAGAAAUUUCAACCCUUGAAGACUAUUCUGUGUGUCAAGAAUCACUACAAGAGAACCCACUGUGACAAGAGUUACACUUGCAGCAGAUGCCACACGAAGAAAUUCUCGGUCAUCGCAGAUCUCAAGACUCACGAGAAGCAUUGUGGCAAGGACAAGUGGCUUUGUUCAUGCGGCACAACCUUCUCGAGGAAAGACAAGCUUUUCGGGCAUAUUGCUCUCUUCCAAGGCCACACUCCAGCCAUACCUGUCGACGAGACCAAAGGAAGCGCCGUGCCAGCUGAUUAUGUGACGGAAAUCGAAGCGGGGAACAAGAGUUCUGUGAGCUCUACAAACUUCAAUUUUCCCUCCGAUUCUCAAGGGGAAAAUGCAGCUCCGAAUAUUGUAGAUGUUAAAGGAAACCUUGAUGACCCCGCUGCUUAUUUCUCACCAAUGAACUUUGAGACAUGUAACUUUGGGGGGUUUCAUGAAUUCCCUCGACCACCAUUUGAAGAUUCAGAGAGUUCAUUCUCUUUUCUUCUUUCAGCGUCUUGUAAUUACCCCCAGAAAACUGGAGAGGACUCCAAUUCUAAUAAUCUGGAGUAAUGUCGUUUGGUUUAUAUUUUUAGCUCAUCAGGGGUCAAUAUUCAUAAUAUCUGUAACAAUUAUGGGGUCAUCUAUCUUGUAAUUUCUUUUAAUUUAAUAAAAUAU